UAGUCUCGCUGCGGCGGCGGCGGCGGCGGCGGCGGCGAUUCCCCACUACUCACCUUCUCUCCUACCUACGUGCGCUGCCUACUACCACUUCCAGCGAUCCGCUGCUGCUGCUGCUGCUGAGCUGCUCCUGCCUAUACCUGUGAGCGCCGAUGGAUCUCUCGGCCCGCCGCAGAGUAACCGCGGCUCCCGGCAACGAGCGACGCGCGCACGGCUCAGCUGUACACUAGUAUAUACACUUAGUAUCGUUUUCGCCGAUCCCGCUCUCCGAUCUCAGAGUGUGUUCCUCGCGUUGUGCGCAUGGUGCGACGAGAGUUCGAGACAUCAUAAGGGGCGAGAUCAGCGAGAGGUCAGGAAGCGAGAUGAAUCUGAGCUCGGGAAUAGCGUGACUCAAGAGCGAUGGAGGUGAUCUCGACGCGUCGAUACGAGGUUCGGCCUCCGGCCGAUUCUCAUGCUUCUAUUCUACUCGAUCCGGCCAACGCCGUUGCCACAGUUAAGGAAGAGGAAUGGGAGACGCGGAAGAAGAAGGAGAUCACGACGACGCGUCAGAUCGAGACGCGGGUGAAGCGCCAGGUCGUCCUGGAGGACGGCGAGGUCGUCGUUGACUCCGGGCCCCUCGUCACGACCAACACGACCGAGGACGUCGAGCAGCAGGAGCACACCACUCAGGAGAGACGCACGACUGGCGACGAACCGCAGAAGCUCGACUGGCCGGCCGACGCGAAACCCGGAGCCGUCGUCCAGAAGGAGCUGAACGAGACGAUCGUCAAGAGCCGCGAGGAGAUCGAGGAGCUGCUCGAGACCGAAGAUCGGCAACAGCUCGGCGACAUCACCGACGAGGCGUACCUGCAGGCGGUGCGCAACAACCGGGGCGACCUGAGGGUGGCCCUCGCCGAGUCGAAGCGGCAGCUGUCGGGUCCGCGGGUCCUCCAGCACACGACGAGGUCGAACAAGGUCGUCGACACGGAGAAGACGCUAGAGCGCAGCGAGCUCAAACAGGACGGACAGAUCGUCACCGAGAGGAAGACCACCGUUGAGCACGAGGAGAUAAAGGACGACGAGCUGCCCGAGGGCCUGGAGGACGAGGCCCGAGAGGUGCGCAAGGAGGCGAGUCAGCGCUACGUCAAGACCCGCGACGAGGACAUCGUCGACUACGUCAAGCCGAACGGCGAGCGGCUGGCGCGCGAGAUGCGUUUCGUCUCCGUGACGACGGAGGCCGAGCGGACCGGCGAGUGGCCCCCGGAAGCUCCGGCUUCUGGAAUCCGCUCCGGUAGACUCCACGGCAAGCACGGAUCUCCACCGAAUAACAACAACAACAACAACAACAACGUGGCUUCGGCCGCCUCGCGGAAGGACGCCCUGACGAGGAAGCCGCUCGACCUGGAGGAGGAGGACGAGGCCAGGAAGUUCGAGACGUCCAAGUGGCUGGAGAGCCACUUCGGCAGCGAGUCGAGGUCGUCCCACGGCGGCUCCAUCGAGGACGAGCCCCUGGCCAACGGGCACUCGACCAACACGAGCUACAUCAACGUCACCAUCAAGUCCGCCUGUCCGCCCCAGAGCUCGAGGAAGAGGCACGAGGAGGAGUUCAGCCAGCAGAGCACCACGACCACCAAGCGGGAGCAGCACUCGACCUCGCCCAGCGGCUACUUUCAGGGCAUCAGCGAGUGGUCCGAGAGAUACCAGUCCACGGAGAAGCAAAACAGCCAGCAGGUCAGGGCCAAGUCCCCGGUGCAGUACAUCGUCGAGCGGACGCGCGAGUCGUCCCGGAGCAACGGACACGGCCAGCCCUCGGUCGCGCUGGAGAACGCAAGGAACCACAAGGAGUCGCACAGCUCCUCGUACUCCCGCCGUCACCAGGAGCACCAGCAGCAGAGACCUAAGGCCGAUCCGCCGUCGCCGCCCAUGCGCAGGAAGGCCAAGGAGCAGCCGCAGGUGGUGACGAGCAGCCGGACCGAGCGCAGCUACCAGGAGACGCUGUCCCCGCCGAGAGCCGCCAGUCCGGUGCACGUGGUGCAGCGCACCUGGGAGAGCCGCAACCGGGACGUCCAGCAGGAGGACCGGCGCGGCAACGGCCGCGGCAACCACGACGCCCGGGUCAUCAAGCAGGAGUACGUGACGUCGAGCAGCCGCAGGCGCACCCCCGAUCCCGAGUCCAGGUCGCCCUCGCCCAGGAGGGACAAGAAGGAGCACGCCAGGCCCUCGAAAUCUCCCAGCCCGUCCAAGUACAAGAUCGGCGAGUCCUUCCGCAAGCUCGUGGGCAAACUCCGCUCCGCGAGCUCCGAGCGCCGGGGCAACGGCAACAAGCGCCCGGGCAGCAGCUCGACCUCCCAGCUGACCCAGACAGAAGACAACAGCUCGACCUACCUGCAGUACAACUCGGUCGACCGCAACAUCCCCCUGGGCCCGGAGUACGAUCGCGACGUCACCGACGAUCGCGGCCGAUCUACUCCUCCGGAACGCCCGCCCAGGUCGCCCCGCAACCCCAACGUCGCCAGCAGUAUGCACAACCUCAGCAGCGCGACGUCGAGCAGCCAAAAGUACAAGAACUCGAGGUCCAGCAGUCCCAGGCUGCACAAGGAGAACCGGGACGAGUACGCCAGGGAGAGCAACUCGCACGUCAAGAGGGAGAGCUCGGCCCAACCGAUCCACCGGUACUACCUCGGCGAGGACCCGUUCGGUAGCAUCUACGGCAAGGAGAAGGGCUACAGGGAGGCCAAGCUGCACUCGAGACAUCGCAGGCCCAUCGACGAGGAGUACAGCAACGAGCCGAGCUCCCUCGGCCGCUUCAGCAAAUCGACCAGCCGACUGGCCAACGACUACGAGCUCAACGAGCGCCACGAGCGCAUGAGCGCCCAGACACUGCCCAGAAAGAUCCACAACAGCAGCAGUCAGUCCCGCAGUCAGCAGCAGCAGCAGCAGCAGCAACAGCAGCACAGCACGACGACCAAGACCACGACGACGACGACCACGUCGCGUCGACAGAUGAGCAGGGACAGCUCGUCGCCGGUCUCGAGGUACCAGAACGGCUACAGCAGCCAGGAGUCGCCGUCCCGGCAGUACGGCAGCAUGAUCAACAUCUCGUUCAAGAACCACGUCAACACCUCGCCUCAGCCCAAGACGACGCACUUCGUCCAGACGACCAUCAACACUCAGCCGCCGCCAGUGCCACCUAAGAAGCCCGAGAGGACUUACAAGUCCACCCUGUCGAGGAGCAAGAGCUUCAACGUCGAGAUAGCGGAUGACGGACUGGUCAGCACGCCCAAGACCAACAGCUACAGCAACGGCAACAACAUCAGGUCCACUUCGCAGCUGAAUCGUCUGGACGAGUCGCCGCCGCCGCUCAAAAGUCCCGGUAUCCUGGCCAGCAUCAGCAGAAGCAACAGGGACCUGAUGAUGAGAAACGGAAAGCACGAGUACUGAACGCUAUGAAUGUUGAUUUUUAUUCCCGACGUUUUCGAUUAUUUUUGAGUAUACUAAAAAUUAUUAGAUAACUCGUGGUUACGAGACGUCUGCUCUACGUCGGCAGAGCCGAAAUUUUAACAAGUCUCACUAUGCAUUUCUAUAUAGUGUUAACUCGAGAGAAAGCUAUGAGUUAUUUCACGUGCCUACUUAUUUAAGCCCUCGAAGGAGUAUAAGGUUGUCAACAAGUACCAAGAGCUUUAUACAGUUUUAUGUUUUUUUUUUUAAUUUUUUUUAUCUUUGUAUACACCAGAGAUUAGAAAAGACUCGUUAAUAUUUGACAAUAUCAAAUUUUAUGAACACUUGAGAGUUGUUGAUAUAUAUAUUUCUUUCUUUCUUUUGAAGAAUCUUGAGUUUAUAAAAUUAUAUUAUGUCUUAGACGUUUGAUUUUUAUCUUUUUUUUUUCUUUCUUUUUAUUCUUUCCAGAAGAGGUUAUUAAAAAGAAUAGAAUAUAUAUUAUUAGUUUAAGCUCUACGUUUGUAAUAAAUUGUAUACUUCUGUAAGAGAUAAACAAUGAAUUAAUUUAUAGAGAAUAGUGGCUGCCAUUCGUCAAGUAGCGUCUACUUGAUAAAAAUCACAAAAACUACACGUGUAUCUAGCUAUUAAGGAUCUAGAGAUAGAUCGAAUUUUUGUAGCCUGCCAUUAACCACUACUAGCUACUGACCUUAAAUUAACAUCUCAAACAUUAACAAUGAUAAAAAUCAAUAAAUACUUCUAAGAACGUUCACAACGUAAUGAACAAAAAAA